AAAAGUCCCAUAAAACUUGCGCACCUUCAAUCCAAAAUGGCGAAGGUAACAAGAGCCAUGGAAAUGUUGAGAAACUUUCUUGUUGGGAAAACACUGAUAGUUCCCCAUCGUUACGCCGAAAAUUUAGUAAAAAGGACCCAACCCUUACCCAAUCUACCAGAUGGAGCAGCUCAUAAGCUCAGUGCUAAUUACUAUUGUGAUAGAGAUCUGCGCAGACAAGCAGCCCCACCCACUGUUGUUUACAGCCAACAAAAGUUACUAGAGACUAUGGAUGAAACUAGUGAAAUUGAAAAAACACCAAAGUUACCUGGACAGACUUACGUUCCCAAAGAUUAAAAAUCAGUUUUGAGAAUGGGCUUUAUUUUGACAAAUUGUGAAUGUCAUGAAAUCCAGACCUGUGUUACAUGUAAAUAAUAUCAAGUAAAUAAAAAAAAUCAAUUUAAAUAUA